AUGGUGCAGAUUGAAACCGAUGUUCUCAUUGUGGGCGCCGGCCCAGCAGGAGCAAGCCUUGCAUGCUUCUUGACCAACUACGGGGUGACGGGAUUGAUCAUAAGCAAGGCGUCGUCGACUGUGAGGACGCCCCGGUCACACUACACAAACAAUGCAACCUUUGAAUGCCUUCGCGAUGUUGGACUCGAGGAGGAAUGUCGUCAACUUGCAACUCCCAAGGAACUGUUGAUGUACUCGAGAAUUUGCACCACCAUGGGGGGAGAGGAACUCUCCCGGACGUACAACUGCGGGACAGAUCCGAACAGAUAUGGAGAGUUCAAAAAGGCGAGUCCAUGCGAACAGGCUGAUCUCCCUCAGUCAGUGCUAGAGCCCAUCCUUCUCCGCGUAGCAACACAAAACGGCUUCCACCUCCGCUGGGACUGCCAAUUUGUCUCAUUCCAUCAAGACGAAACAACCUCCAAAGUCCACUCCGUAAUCCAAGACGUCCUAACCAACCAGAAAAUCACCGUCAUCUCCAAGUUUCUCUGUGGUGCCGACGGGGCACGUAGCGUGGUAGCCCGCGAGCUACAACUCCCCUUCAACGACACCCCCGGCGGCGGCCUCGCCCUCAACGUCUUUGUCGACGCAGACCUCAACCACCUCCUCACCCCCCACUCCCCAGGCCUCAUCCAUAUUCUCCUCCACCCCACCAAAUCCCAACCAGACUUCUGCUCCCUCGCCAUCGCCCGCUUCGUCAAACCCUUCACCCAAUGGGUCUUCGUCAUGCUCGCCAAACCAAACAUCACCGCCAUCACCGCCACCCCAUCCGAAAUCCUCUCCCACGUCCACGACCUCAUCGGCGACCCCUCCGUCAAAGUCACCCUCAAACGCCUCUCCACCUGGAAAAUCAACGAGACCUACGCCGAAAGAUACACCACCCCCGGCAAAAACAACAUCUUCUGCCUAGGCGACGCCGUCCACCGCCACCCCCCCUUCAACGGCCUAGGCUCCAACACGAGCAUCCAAGACGCGUACAACCUCGCGUGGAAAAUCGGUUUCGUACACCAAUCCCUUGCUUCCCUUUCCCUUUUGGAUUCCUACACCGCGGAGCGACAGCCUAUCGGUAAAGCAAUCGUCAAACGCGCCAACGACACAGGUCGUAUGCACGCCAAACUGUUUUCUCUUCUCGGUGUCCCCAACCCGGACACAGCCGACAAAUUGCAGGUCCUAUCCCGUCUGGGUGAUGACACAGCCCAAGGCGAGGAACUACGUCUCGCAUUCCAGAAUUUGGUCGAGGGGUUGGACGUGGAAAGACACGGUUUCGGGAUAGAGAUGAACCAGCUCUACCAGUCUGAUGCUUUGUACCCCGAUGAUGAGACUGGCCCCCCUCCGACCAACACAGGACCUCCCGAACACGCCGAUCUUUACUAUCGCGAGAGUACCUACCCCGGCUCGAGGCUUCCACACGCCUGGCUGAGAGCUCCAGCAGCGGGGUCGAAGGAACCGAUGAUUUCGACGCAUGAUUUGGCUGGGAAGGGGAAGUUUACCCUCUUUACUGGGAUUGGUGGCAAGAAGGGAUGGGUAGAGGCGGCCGGGAUGGUGAAGGGGUUGUUGGGGGUUGAGGUGGUGGUUCACAGUAUUGGGUGGAGGGAGGACUACCGAGAUGUGUUUUUUGACUGGGGUAGGAAGAGGGGCGUCGGGGAAAGGGGUGCUGUUUUGGUGAGGCCUGAUCGGGUGGUUGCUUGGAGAUGUGAUAAUGUUGGGGGUGGUGAUGGCUGGGGUGAGAAGCUGACGCGGGUUAUGGCGCGGAUUUUGGGGCGCUGA